AGUCCGACAGGCCCGACAUCACUUGCAGUCGUCGUCAGAAGUUUAACAGCUCUGCUACUCCGGGACCACCGCGACAUUUCGUAAACAACAACACAGUCAUCAUGGCGGAAGCCCACCAGGCGGUGGCCUUCCAGUUCACAGUCAGCCCAGAUGGCAUCGAUCUUCAUCUGUCCCACCAGGCCCUCACAGAGAUCUACCUCUCUGGUGUGCGCUCCUGGAAGAAGCGUGUCAUCGGACUCAAGAACAGCGUGGUGACGGGGGUGUAUCCCGCGAGUCUUUCCUCCUGGCUCUUCGUGGUCAUAGCCAUCCUGGCCACCAUGUACACCCGCUCGGACCCCUCCAUGGGACUCAUAGCCAAGAUACAGGAGCACCUGCCAGUCAGCCAGUCGAUGAGUGCGCAGUGCCAGACGCUUUGUCGGGCGGUGCUCUUCAGCACCAUGCUGUGGCUCCUGCUCAUCUUCACCAUGCGCAUGUGCCUCAAGCAGCUUCUCUCGUACCACCGCUGGAUGUUUGAGAAGCACGGCAAGAUGUCCAACACCACCAAAGUCUGGGUGGCGCUGGUGCGGAUCUUCUCUGGCAGGAAGCCUCUGCUCUACAGCUACCAGGGCUCGCUGCCAAACCUGCCCGUGCCGCUCAUCAAGGACACGGUCAACAGGCACUUGGAAUCGGUGCGUCCGCUCAUGGACGACACCGAGUACGAGCGCAUGACCUCGCUGUCGGAGGACUUUGAGAGCGGCCUGGGCAAACGCCUGCAGUGGUACCUCAAGCUCAAAGCCCUGUGGGCCACCAACUACGUCAGUGACUGGUGGGAGGAAUAUGUCUAUCUACGAGGACGCAGCCCAAUAAUGGUCAACAGCAACUAUUACGGCAUGGACUUCAUGUACGUGACGCCGACACCCAUCCAGGCGGCCCGGGCGGGAAACAGCAUCCACGCGUACUUCCUGUACCGCCGCAAACUCAACAAAGAGGAGCUCAAACCUACGCGCAUCCCCGGCACUGUCAUUCCUCUGUGUUCAGCUCAGUGCGAGAGGAUGUUCAACACAACACGCAUUCCUGGAGAGGAGACAGACACUGUGCAACACUGGCAGGACAGUGACUACAUCGCCGUGUACCACCGAGGCCGCUACUUUCGUCUCCGCAUGUACCAUGCGGGCAGACUCCUGUCGCCCAGAGAGAUAGAAUCCCAAAUUCAGAAGAUCCUUGAUGACCCUUCACCUCCUUCUAAAGGAGAGGCCAAACUGGGGGCCCUGACCGCCGGAGACAGAAUUCCAUGGGCCAAAGCCAGGGCGAAGUACUUCAGCAGCGGGGUGAACAAACGCUCCCUGGACUUCAUCGAGAAAGCCGCCUUCUUUGUGACCCUGGACGACGAUGAACAGGGCGGCGUGGCAGACGACCCGACCAGAAUAGACUCGUACGCCAAAUCCCUGCUGCACGGGAAAUGUUACGACAGGUGGUUCGACAAGUCCUUCUCGGUGGUUUACUUCAAGAAUGGGAAAAUGGGCUUGAAUGGAGAGCACUCGUGGGCUGAUGCGCCGGUGUUAUCACACGCUUGGCAGUACGUCUUGACAACUGACUGUUUCCAGCUGGGCUACAACGCAGAGGGUCACUGCAAAGGGGAAGUGGAUUCAUCGCUACCGGGACCACAGAAGCUGAACUGGGAAAUCCCUCCAGAGUGUGAGGAGCAGAUCUCCGGCUCCCUGGCGGUGGCCCAGGCCCUGGCUGACGACGUGGACGUCCACGUUUUCUCCUUUGAAGAAUUUGGCAAAGGGAAGAUCAAAAAGUGCCGAGUCAGCCCAGACGCCUUCAUUCAGUUGACUCUUCAGUUGGCCCACUACAGGAACCAGGGGAGAUUCUGUUUGACGUACGAAGCCUCCAUGACCCGUCUGUUCAAGGAGGGCAGGACCGAGACGGUUCGCUCCUGUACCAAUGAGAGCUGUGCCUUCGUCCGAGCGCUGGAAGGCGGAGAGGACGCAGAUGUUUGCCGGCGCUUGUUCCACGAAGCAUCAGAAAAGCACCAGCAACUAUACCGCAUGGCCAUGACCGGAGCUGGCAUCGACCGGCACCUCUUUUGUCUCUACGUGGUGUCCAAAUACCUCCAAGUGGAGUCUCCUUUCUUGAAAGAGGUGCUGUCUGAGCCCUGGCGGCUGUCCACCAGUCAGACUCCUUUGCAAGUGGAGAUGUUCGACCUCGUCAACCACCCAGAGUACGUCUCCUGUGGAGGGGGCUUUGGACCGGUGGCUGAUGAUGGAUACGGGGUGUCCUACUGCGCUUUGGGGGAGAAGAUGCUGAGCUUCCACAUCACAUGCAAGCACUCGUGUCCAAACACUGACGCCAACACAUUUGGUGGCGAGAUCAGAAAAGCUCUGCGCGACCUGCUGCAGCUGCUGAGCCCCGAGCAAGCGGAGCCGAGGAAGGCAGCGGCCCAGCGGCCGGAGCUCAAGAAGGACCUGUAGGCGGUUCCUCCAGGGGGGAGGAGGGGGGGGGGGGGGGAA